AUGGCCGUGGAGAAGCCGCACCAGCCCGAACUCCAGUCCCGAGGACUUGAAGUGUUCAAAUGGUUUCAAGAAUUGACUGAGAUGCCCUGGAUAAAUGACGAGGCUACGGUCAUUCCAUCGCGACGGAGUAUCGAGCUAGAAGACGAGAGGUUCAGGCUUUGGUCACAAAGCAUGGGACUCAUGCAAAUGGGGCACGCAUCUCUCGACUAUCGAGUUCGGGAUUCAUCGGUAAUCAAGAAUUCACUGGCCAGUGUUUUAUCUGAGCUAGUAUUACAUCUUGAGAACCAACAAGAUCGCGCGGCCGGACAUUGCAGCAACGCCUCAUCCGACGAUUCCGACGAAGAGGCCUCUCUUUCCUCCUUUGGCAGCGGCUCUUUUCAUGAAGCCGAUUUUCGUAUGGCUAGCGUGGUGGAGCGGCUUGACACUCUGUACAAGUUUGCAGCCAAGAUACGAAACCCUCGAAAUCGCCCACAAAGGCCAACCAACGAUCUGUAUAAGCACAUUCCAGAGAGUGAGCGAGCUGAGUACAGAGAGAGCCAAGAGCGGAUCGAAACUGCACUCAUCACCUUCGUACAGCAACGGCAUCUGCUGGAGUCCGUCACGGAAGCACAGCUCAAGGUCCUUGAUAUGAGUCAGGAAGAUCUCCUCGAGCGAUAUGCCUUAAGUACACAUUGGCUGGUCCGCAGGAUUGGCUUGGCCAAUGCGCGACGAAAACAGCAGUUUGUCUACUGGGAAAAGCAUGCCGAACUACUCGCCCGCGACGUCACCAUGAAGGCACCCAUACACAUAUAG